AUGGCCUUCCUCUAUUUCCUUUUUAUCAGUUCUGAUUAUUCAUUCAUCUGGUCCAAUCUUCUCCGCACUCCUUGGUCGGAGGCCCUGCUUACUCCCGGCCUCAAAACCUCUGAUCUCAUGAUUUUGUUGAGUAGUCAACUCACCCGCCGGCAUCGUCUUCUCCAACAUGCAGUGUUGUUUCUCCUAAUCUCUUCCUCACAUCGUCUCGGCCCGCACUGGCUAGUCCCACAGACGUCGACACCCAAAGCACAUCGAAAGUCUACUGGCCAAGCACUCAAGUGUCGUUCCAGUCGUCUCACUCGUCUUCUUCAUGCGACUGGCUUCCUCUUGCCUCCGGUCCUUUUCAUCGUCGUGUGGCCUGUUUUCUUGUCCACAGACGCUGGUGGCAUCUCCCUGGCUCGCUUGCCCAUCUGGCUGGCCCUCGGCUUACGAUUUGGCCUUUUGCCUUGGUUGCUCAACUCCAACCCUACAUCGAAGUGUUUCUUUAGGAAUACUUAUGUUGACGUGGCCAGGUUGUCUCUAGAAUUAGGCGUCGAAAUCAAAGUUAACAGUGCUUAG